CCAGUUGAAAGCCAUGUAUCGAAUUAGCCUUAUUUGUGUCUCAGUGUUUUUGAAUAUACGUGCAGCAAAGAUAUUGGGCGUAUUUCCAACUCCAUCAUUAAGUCAUCAAGUGGUGUUUAACGCUUUGACUCACGAACUAAUGCGACGUGGCCAUGAAAACGUUAUAAUAACACCAAAUCCUUCAUUUUCGCAACAUCAUGCUCCAGAAAAUUUUACUGAAAUUGAUGUGCACGAUUUAUCAUACAAAAUAUAUCGAAAUAUGACGUCAAAUCUAAAUUACGGUGAUAUAAAAUGUAUCGCAACAGAUAUAAACAGUCUGCGUGAAACAUUUCUUACUGUAUUCGAGAACCAGAUGGCACUCGGAGAAGUUAGAGAGAUAAUUGAAAAUAAAAAUAAUGAUUUUGAUGUAUUAUUAGUGGAAGCCGUCACAAGAUAUGCUCUCGCAUUUUCACACGUAGUUAAAGUGCCAAUAAUAGCAGUUAGUUCCUUCUGCGCUGUGGCAGACAACUAUUAUGUCAUGGGAGCUCCCAUUCAUCCCCUUUUGUAUCCACAAAUGCUCGCGUCGCGUUUUUAUGGUCUCUCACUGUGGGAAAAAAUGGGCUACUGGUACUGUAUUUUUUCAAUGUUAAAUAGUUAUUCAAAACGAGAAAUGAUUGAAAACAUAGUUGUCAAACGGAUUUUCGGUGACGACACCCCUGCUUUAAAUAUAAUUGAAAAUGACAUUGACAUAUUUCUUAUUAAUAUACAUCGCUUAUGGGAGGGCUGUCGCCCAAUGCCGCCUGCUGUCAUUCACCUUGGUGGUAUGCAUCUUAAACCUGGUAAAGGGUUAACUAAGGAGUUAAAGGAAUACCUCGAUUCAUCCACAAACGGUGUGAUUUACUUAAGUUUUGGGACAAACGUUAACCUGUCUGUUCUGUCAGCAUACAAGAUACAGGCUAUGAUAAACGUGUUCUCAAAGUUGCAAUACGACAUCUUGUGGAAAUGGGACCAGGAUGAGCUGCCGGGGAAAACAGAGAAUAUCCGCAUAUCAAAAUGGUUUCCACAGUCUGAUCUAUUAAAACAUCCAAAGAUUAAACUUUUCAUCACACAAGGAGGUCAACAGUCCACAGACGAAGCGAUCGACGCAGGAGUGCCUGUUUUAGGCAUCCCAAUGAUGAUGGACCAAUUUUACAAUACGCAGAAGUAUGAAGAUUAUAAAAUUGGAAAGAGAAUAUUCCUCAGUGAUCUAACAGAAGAAACUCUCAUGAAUGCUAUUACUGCUAUCCUUGAUGACAAAAGCUAUCGGGAGAAUGUCAUGCGACUGCGAACUUUAAUGUACGACGAGCCGAUGACACCGCUGCAGCGAGCGGCGUGGUGGACGGAGCGUGUGCUGCGCUUGCGCGGCGCGCGGUACCUUCGCGCCCCUUCCGCGGGCAUGAGCUGGCCCGAAUACUACGAACUCGAACUAAUAUUCAUUGUAUUAGGCUUUACUAUGGCGUUUAUAUUACUGUUUUUCUUUACACUAUGCAAUGUGAAUAAAAUCUGCAGAUCAAGAUGAAUAAAGUUA